AUGAGGGAAGGUUUGGAACCCCAAGUGAAAGAUGAAGAGUUGAAGCAUGAUUCGUCACAAGUGGAAGAAAUUGAGCUUAUUGAAGUUGAAGAAGUGGUUGAAGAAUUGGGGAGGAUUGAACAAGAAGUGGAGGUGAUCAAAGAGGAGCACAAGGGAGUGAAAAAUUCAAGGUUAUUGGAAGUCUCCCUUCUUAAGCAACCAUCCGAUACACCAUUUAAGUGGAAUGAGGUAGCCAAUUGUGAUGUUCCCAUAUCAGAGUCUGCAGAGCAUUCGGCUUCUACAUUACCUCCUCUCCCAACCACAUCAUCUGAGCGCAAAAAUCGAUCAACAGUUUGGGACCACUUCAAGAGAACAUCUGAUGAUGAAAAUAAGGCUCAAUGUCAACACUGUUUGAAAGUGAUCAAGUGCGGGAAUGGAACAAGUGCAAUGAGAUCACAUUUAAAGAUUUGCAUAAGCAAUCCCGGUUUAGAUAGAGGCAAACGACAGAAAACAGGCACAUCGCCUAGCCCAGAAGCACAAGUGGGUAGGUUUGAUGCAGAAUAUGCCCGGGAAAAAUUGAUAUCAAUGUUUAUUCGCGAGGAGCUUCCUUUUCGAUUUGUAGAAAGUCAAGGUUUCAAAGAAUAUUCGGCGGCUCUGCAACCAGGAUUCAACACUCUUUCACGUAUUACAUUGGCACGUGACAUCUUGAUGUUCUAUGAAACAAAGAAGAAGUUGCAAAAGAAAAUACUAAAUUUUUACCAAGUCACCGGCCACACGGGAGAGAUUAUGGAUCAAAAUGUUGAAGCUUGCUUGAAUAGCUGGAAGUUGAACAAGAUCUUGAGUUUGACAAUUGAUAAUGCAUCAUCCAACGAUGUAGGAGUUAUGUAUUUAAAAAAAAGGCUGAUUUCUUGGAAGAGUUCAGUUUUGAAUGGGGAGUAUCUCCAUAUGUGGUGUUGUGCGCAUAUUUUAAACCUGAUUGUGAAUGAUGGAUUGAAGGAGAUUGAUGAUUCGGUUGCCAAAAUUUGGGAUGCUGUGAAGUAUUUUAGAUCCUCAAAUUCAAGAUUAACUAGGUUCAAGGCAUGUAUUGCACAAGAGAAUAUUCCACAUAAGAGUCUUGUUUGCAUAGAUGUUGAAAUGCGAUGGAACUCUACAUACUUAAUGUUAGUAGCAGCUUUAAAGCAUCAGAAGGCAUUUGAGCUAUUAGAGAUGCAAGACAAAAAAUUUGUUGAAGAAUUAAACAAGGGAAGAGGGGUACCUUCAAUUCAAGAUUGGGAUUAUGCUAAGUCCGUCUUACCGUUUUUAGAGAUGUUUUACGAUGCUACACUUCGUAUCUCUGGAUCCUCUUAUGUCACUAGUAACUUAUACAUGAAAGAAGUGUUUGCUCUUGGAAGGAGGAUUCAACAAUAUCGUGAUGAUGAUGAUUUGAGCAUAAGUCUUAUGGCAAGUAAGAUGAAAGCAAAAUACAACAAGUAUUGGGGAAAUGCAAAAACUAUUAACAUGUUGUUGUUAAUUGCCGUAGUUCUAGAUCCUUGCCAUAAGUUGGAUUAUGCUGAGUGGUGCCUAGUUAAUUCUUUUGGUGCGGAAGUGGGCGGUGAAUUGAAGACAAAGUUGUCUUCUUGUCUUCAUUCACUUUAUAAUUUAUAUCAAGGUGCAGAUGAAGGAAACCAAGAUGAUACCCUCUCCCAACUGAGUCCAAGUGAUAAAGCCAAAGACAUUUAUGAUAUGGGGUUAUAUCGCUGA